UAUCUCACACUCAGGCUUGCCUUGUGUGAUUUCCCCUCUCUCUUCUUCCUUCAACCUCCUCCUCUCUCCCCCCAACAACUGUAAUCAUGUCUGGCCGUGGUAAGGGUGGCAAGGGCCUCGGUAAGGUCGGCGCCAAGCGUCACCGCAAGGUCCUCCGCGAUAACAUCCGCUCCAUCACCAAGCCCGCCAUCCGCCGUCUGGCUCGUCGUGGUGGUGUCAAGCGUAUCUCCGCCCUCAUCUACGAGGAGACCCGCUCCGUCCUCAAGAUCUUCCUCGAGAACGUCGUCCGCGACUCCGUCACCUACACCGAGCACGCCAAGCGCAAGACCGUCACCGCCACCGAUGUGGUCUACGCUCUCAAGCGCCAGGGCCACACCCUCUACGGUUACUAAGCGUCUGCUUCGCCGUGAGCACGCGCCCUCCCUCCGCCAUGGUCCUCCUCCUUGGCGCGCGAUGGGCAGUAGAAAAAAAAAUAUCCAAAAGCCUCAGUAUCUUCCCUUCGUGUGUGCUGCACGCGCCGCGUGCGCGCGCCCGAGCACGCCUCCCCCGCCUCGCUCCUCUAGUAGCAGCGACGGCCUGAGUCGGCCAAGCAGUGUCCUCUGAGACUCUCUGCUUUCCUUCUCACCCAACACAACCCCCCCCCGGUGUUUUCUAACACCACACAAAUUAAUAAUUGAAGCUUCUCCC